AUGGAUACACAUAACUUGGAUAAUCAGACAUGUUCAACGAUCACGGUUGAGGUGAGAAAUACCACCUCGAACCUCAACUGUAGUCAUUCACAAUCGGAUGUUUGUGGCAUUCAGAGAAUCCGUAGAAUAACCCGUACCUACGUCGCGUAUUGCGGUUUAGUACGUGAAUUGAACGACUGUGACAAUAUGCUCAUGCUGGCUCAGUUAUUUAGGCUGGUUAUGCACUUGGCUGGUCACCUUGUUGCGUUUCUGCUAUUCCUCUCGAGUAUUCCUCCCGACCUGGACCUGAACGCGCGUAUUUACUCUAUAUGCUACGACAGCGCUGGAAUGUUGUUCUAUGGAAGUUUGAUGGUGUUAUUAGUCGAACCAUCGCAUAGAGCUGAAAUUCAGGUAUUGGAGAAAAAUGCAUUUGAAGAGUUCAAUGAACUGCAAAUUCUGUUACAACAGCUGCAUCUCAACAAGCCAGUUUACACAGCGUUUUCUGUCUGUACACUACAGAGACCACUCAUUACCACUAUCUUGAGUGGUAUCGCUACGUUCUUGGUAAUAUCCUUGCAGUAA